CGUUUUACCUGAGGAGACUAAGGAGAAGAAGAAGAAGAACGUUUUUACCUGAAGAAGAAGAACGUUUUUACCUGAAGAAGAAGAACGUUUUAUCCACAGGAACAGAGAGAAGAACAACUAAAGAAUACCAAGGAAGUAAGAUCAAGGAGUAACGACCCAAGAAUUUAGUUAAAAGGUGACGAGCAGGAUCCACCAUGCCUAAGGUGGUGUCGGGGAGUGUGGUGGUGUCCGAUGCCAAGGACCAGCAGGAGUACAGUGAGGACAAGCCGCUGAUCGUCUACUACUGUUUGUGUGGCCAAAUGGCUCUUAUUCUAGACUGCACACUAGAGAAGCUUCCUCUGCGCAAACGUGACAGUGCGCGGGUCAUCGACGGGUCCCGACACGCCCACCGCCUUGUGUGUGACCCAGAGGAGACAGUGUACAUCAGGCGAGGCGAGGGCGUAGAAAAACAGCACAGGAAGAAGUGCAAGAAGUGCGGCCUCCUUCUCUACUACCAGCACAAUCUCAACUCCAAUGUGGUGUUUGUGGUGAAGGGCAGCGUGGUCCAGAGCGGCGGGAAGUCAGUGGCCCAGCAGGUGGAGGACAAGCCCAAGGACCGCAUCCUCAUCACCCGCCACACCAAGAACAUGGGAAAGUUCUCCUCCGUCACUGUCUCCACCAUCGACGAGGAGGAGGAUGAGAUUGAGGCGAGAGAAGUUGCUGAUUCAUAUGCCAACAAUGCAAGGAUUAUCGAGAAGCAGCUGGAGCGGAAGGGCAUGAAUAAGCGCAAGGGUCAGCAGGUCUCAGAGGAAGGCUCGGCGGUGAAGCAAGUGCGAGGAACACUCAUCAACCAAUAAAGGGCGAAUUUUUUGGUAAACAGCCCCCUCAGAUUUUAAGGUUGAAACUAUGUCUGGAGAAGAGGAAUGAAGGAAGGAAGAAUGGGAAGGAGAAAAGAAGGAAAAAUGAAAGGAAGGAAGAAGAUUGAGAGGAAUGAGAGGAUGGAAAGAAGGAAAAAAGAAUGGGAGGAAGGGUAGAAGAAAGGCAAGGAAGGAAGGAAGAAGAUUGAGAGGAUGGAAAGGAAGGAA